AUGCCGCCGCCUCCAUCGGCCGUGCCCAGCAGCUCGCACCGCCGUGGCACUGUGCACGAGUCCGACCCGGACGUUGCCGGCGACGACGCCACCGCGGCCAAGGAGCCAGAAAGCUUCGUGUCGCUCUUCGAAGCCAACGUCGAGAAGCUUGGAGGGCAGAGGCUCUAUACGUGGCACUCCUCGGCAGAGUGCACCGGCGAUAUCGUUUGGAGCUACACCGAGCUGGCGCAGCGAGGACGCGCCGUCUGCUGUGCGCUGCGGCGGCGGUGGGAGGUCGGCGACGGCGCCCGGGUCAUGCUCAUCUAUCCGCCAGGCCUCGACUUCCUCGUCGCAUUCUUCGGCUGCCAAUACGCCGCCGUGAUCGCCGUGCCCUACUACCCGCCCAUCAUCCCGGCGAGCCCGAUGCCAUCCGCUGGCGCCAAGAAGAUGCUCGCCGACGGCUUGGCCAAGGUGGUUCGCAUCUACAGCAGCUGCCACCCGGAGCUGCUGCUCUCCACGACAAUGUGCGCCCUCGCCCGGCUGCCGCCGCGGCAGCUGCCGGCCGCGGGCAGCUCGGGGCUGGCCGGACCCACCCGUGGCAGCCCACGCCCCACCCCUCCCUCGAUCGCUUUUCUCCAAUUCACGUCCGGGUCGACGGGCCACCCGAAGGGCGUGAUGAUCUCGACCAACAACCUCGUCAACAAUAUCCUCGCCAUGCGGCAGACGACGCGCCGCAUCCACCCGGUCGAGUCCAUCUGCAUGGUGUCGUGGCUGCCGCAGUACCACGACAUGGGCAUCAUCGGCGCAACACACAUCGCCGCCGACCUCAUGUCGCCCGCCACGUUCCUGCAGCACCCGGUCGCGUGGCUGCGCGCAAUCUCAAAGCUACACAAGACGCACCAGGUCUUCACCGCGUCGCCAAACUUCGGGUAUAUCCUGUGCCUCCGCCGCAUCAAAGAGGAGAAGCUGCAGGGCCUCCGCCUCAACCACUGGAAGUGCGCCCUAAACGGCGCAGAGCCGAUCCGCGCCGAGACAUUGCGCGAGUUUGGCGCGCGCUACGGCGCUUACGGCUUCGAGCCGACGGCGUGGGGCUGCUCGUACGGGCUGGCCGAGAAUUGCGUGUACGUCGCCGGCACGAUGGAGCGGCCCGCCACGCUGCAGGUGCGGCGCGGGCUGUGGGCCGGAGACGUUGCGUGGCCUGCGGAGGAGGGCGACGGCGCGCUCUUCGAGUGCCCCGGCUGCUUCUUUCAGCCGGAGUGGCGGACGCACCAGUCGGUCCGGAUCGUGCACCCGGACUCGCUGGAGGAGAUGGCCGACGGGACCGUCGGAGAGAUUUGGGUCGGCGGCCAAUCGGUCGCGCGCGGCUACUGGGAUUUGCCCGAGGUGUCGCGCCAUACUUUUGGGGCGCAGCUGGCCGAGGCGGACGGCCCGGUGCACAUGCGGUCCGGCGAGCUCCGAGCGCCCUCCCGCGGGGACCCGGUUGUACGUCGUCGCAUCAAGGACGUGCUCACCAUGCGGGGCCGGACACUUCACGCGCACGACAUCGAGGGGCAUGCCGAGCGCGGCUCGGGCGCUCUUCGACCGGGCUGUUGCGCCGCGUUCUCGAUCCAGCCUCCGGAAGAGGAAGGAGAGGUGCUGGUGUUGAUGGCCGAGCUGCGGCCAGAGCAGGCCAACAACAGCGAGGCGGAGCUGCUGGCGGUGGUCCGUGACGUGGUCAAGGCGGUCAAGGACGGAGAGGGCAUCAAGCCGCACGCACUCGUUCUCCUCAAGGCCCGCGCCAUCCUCAAGACCACAUCCGGCAAGCUCCGCCGGCGCGAGCUGCGAGAGGCCUACCUGCAGAUGGCCCAGGUCCGCGCUACGGGCGCCGAGCCGACGCGGCAGCGGUUGCUCAUCCCGAUGCAAGCGGUCGUCCUUCACUGGGACGUUUCCCUCGCCGGGCUCGAGGAGCCGCAGGAGCAAACCCGCGAUGGGGAGUCGACGCCGCCGCAGGGCCACAACAGCUCGCGCUCGCCUUCGAACAGCAAAGAGGGGUGGUGGGUGCAUCGGCGCGACGCCCUCGAGCGGAGCCCGCCACGGUUCGAAGAGGCACCGUCGCCCCAAGGAACGGCCGGCGCACCCGUGGUGACUGAGAAGCCGAUCUUGCCAGCGUCGCCAGAGACGCGGGCGGAGGCUGUGCUUCCGCCGCCGCCUCCGCCGGGGGGGCAGUCCCUGUACGCCAACCCCAUCAGCUUGGAAGACCUGUACGCGCUCGCUGUCGAAUGCCUCGGCUCGGACCUCUCGCCGGAUGCACCGCUGAUGGACGCCGGCUUCGACUCUGCAAACGCGCUCGAGCUCCAGGGCGAGCUCACCGAGCGCCUCGGCGUCUCGGACCUGCCGGAGACGCUCAUGUUCGACUACCCCACCCUGCGCCAGAUGGCGGCGCAUUUCAACUCGUACACCACGACGGCGCUGCCGGCGGAGGAGGCGUGGAACCAGGACACGCGAGGCCUCGCCGAUGCGCCCGUGGCAACCGUCGGCGCGAUGCGCGGCGCGCUUGCCGGCGGUGUCUCCACGAUGGCGGCGCUGGAGUCCAUGGUCGGAACCGCCGCCGACAGGAUCACGGAGGUGCCGCUGGCCCGCUGGGACCUCGGCAAGCAGCACGCAGCCAGCGACCUGAUCGGCUUGCGCGCCCGGCACGGCGGGUUCGUGGACAACGCGGAGCUCUUUGACAACGCCUUCUUCAGCAUUUCGCCGGCCGAGGCCAGAGACAUGGAUCCCCAGCAGCGGCUGCUCCUCGAGCAGGGGUACGCGGCGCUGCACGGCGCCGGCUCGGUUCGCGAUUCUCUGGUGGGUCGCGUGGCGGGUGUCUAUUUGGGCAUCGCCGGGAGCGACUUUCAGCACAUGGUGACGCGCACACCUGUGCACCUACGCGGUGUGUACACUGCGACGGGCAGCAGCCACUCGGUCGCCGCAGGCCGCAUCUCGUUUGUGCUCGGGAUGCAGGGCCCGUGCGUGUCGUACGACACCGCGUGCUCGGCGGCGCUAGCGGCGAGCCACGGGGCGCUGCGCGCGCUUCAGCACAAGGAGUGCACUGAAGGGCUUGUCGUGGGCGUGAGCCUCAUGCUCCUUCCAGAUUGCCACCUGACUUUCGCCAUGGCCGGCAUGCUCUCCGCCGGCGGCCACUGCCACACCUUCGACUCGCGCGCGGACGGGUACGCGCGUGGCGAGGCGUGCUGCGCAGUCGCGCUUCAGAUGAGGGACGCCGACAGCUCAGCGGCCCUUCGUUUCCUCGGCAGCUGCGUGCGGCAGGACGGCAAGAGCGCGAGCCUGACGGCGCCCAACGGCCAGGCGCAGCAGGCCCUUCUAAAGGCCGCGCUCGCCGACGCAUCCGUGCACACCGAGCAAGUAGCUUGCGUGGAGGCUCACGGCACGGGCACGGCAUUGGGCGACCCGAUCGAGACGCGGUCAUUGGCGCACAUAAUCUCAAAACGCAUGGCUGAUGAGGCGCUCGCGUUGGGCAGCGUCAAGGCGAACGCCGGGCACACCGAGCCAGCUGCGGGCAUCACGGGUCUGCUGCGGCUUGCCCUGAGCUUGCAGGACGGCCUUGGUGCCCCGAAUGGCCAGCUGCGCGCGAUCAAUCCGCACGUUGGCAAUUCGCUAAAGGGAAUCGCUUGCGCGCUUCCGACCCAGCUGUCGGCCGCGCCAAUAUGUGCGGCCCAGACGGGAAGCGAUUGCGCCGGCGGCGUGAGCUCGUUUGGGUACAGCGGCACGAUCGUGCACGCGCUGCUCCAGGACGACGGCGUGGCGCGUGGCGCGGGCAGGCCGGCGGCGGCUUCGUCGCCGCAUUACGUGCGCCGGUCUUUCGCGUGGUCGGAGCAGGCGCAUCCGCUAGCGCAGGGGGUGGACGCGGCGGCGCCGAGCGGGCUCGUUCGCUACGCAUCACCGGCAGCCGGCGCACUGCGUAGCUUGUCGGCGGACCACAUCGUCCAGGGCCGCGUCGUCUUCCCUGGCGCCGGCUACCUCGAGAUGGCGCGCGCGGCGAGCGACGCUGCGACCGACGCGGCGACCGACGCGGCGAGCAGCUUGCUCCGGCGCGUCUUCUUCCUGCAGCCCCUCUUGCUCGACGGCGACGUGGCACAGUUGCGCGUGGUGUGCGAGCUCAACGCGGCGGAGGAGCGCUUCGAGGUGCGAAGCGAGCUCACCGAGGAAGGGGCAAGCACCGCCCAUUGCGGCGGCUCGACGGGUGCGGCGCCGCCGGACGACGAGCGGCGGCGCCCACAGCCGGCUGCGGUGCGCGGGAGCUGCGGGGCGGCGGUGAGCGCCGCGGACCUGUACUCCGCGUUCCGGGGGAUGGGCCUCGAGUACGGCCCUGCGUACCGCACGCUCGCGGGCAUGUGGGCGUCGCCAGCUUCGGGUGCUGCGGUGGGGCAGCUGCGGCGGCGCAGGCGGCUGCAGGGCACCUCCGUGCACCCAGCCGACCUGGACGGCGCGCUGCAGCUGACGGCGCUGCUCGCGACUGGCGCGGCGUCGGAGGUGCGGCUGCCGUUCUCGGUCGAGUCGGCAGCGCUGCGCGGCGCACGCGGCCACUUGUGCCCGGUGGCGGAGCGGCAGUCGGCGAGCACGACUCGCGUCGCUCUGGUGAGUCAGAGCCGACGCGGCGGAGGCGGCGCGCAUUUGUCGGGCUUCGAGACGCGAGCCCUCAAGGCCGGCGCCGCCGCGCGGCCGGCUGCGCCGAAGAGGCACCUGUACGUGACGGCGUGGACAGCGCGCGCGCUGUCUGCCGACGCCGGCCCCGAGGCGGCGGCGGCAUCAUCGCUGGUCCUCUCUGGAGCGGUGUCGAGCGUCGCGUCCGGCGCGGGCGCCACUCGUGCGACGGCGGCGGCGGCUGGCGGGCCUCGCUCUGUCGCGUUUGCCGCGGGGGUCGGCGGCGCCCGCGCCGAGCGCGAUUCGCUCGCCGUGAUGGCGGCCGCCUUUGACAUCGUGCGGGCCCACACCGCCAAGGUCGCGCUGCCGGUGUGGCUGCUGACGAGCCGCGCGUUCGGCGCCCGGCCAUCGGGCGGGUCUGGCGCGUCCGCGCACGCGGGCAUGAUGGGUUUGGCCCGCCAAGUGCGGUCCGAGGCGCCGACGUGCCGCCUGCCAGUCAUUGACCUCGACGCCGCCGCGGCAGUGGCGGGCUCGGCGGCGGCCGCCGCGAUGCUUGGGCUGGGGUACUCGGGCUUGCCUGAGCCCGAGGUCGCUUUCGACGCCGGCCGGCCGCGCGUGCCGCGGCUGGCCGAGGCGCCCGGCUCAAUCAGCGGGCCUGUUCGGAUGCACUUCGACGCGCGCGGCGCGGUGUCGAACCUCCGGAUCGUGCCUCAGGCCGAGGAGAGCUCCCCGCCCGCGGACGGCGAGGUCGAGCUGCGCGUGCGAGCGGUCGGUCUCAACUUCCGCGACGUGCUCAACGUCCUCGGCGUGUACCCCGGCGACCCCGGUCCUCCCGGCAGCGACUGCGCUGCAGACGUGGCUCGCUGCGGCGGCGGCGCGCCGCACCUGCGCGUGGGCGACGCUGUGCUCGGCCAUGGCCUGGCGGCGCUGGCAUCGUUUGCGCGGAGCGACUCGCGGCUGAUGGCGGCGAUCGACGACUCGCUGACGGUCGAGCAGGCGUGCACCCUGCCGACGACGUGGUGCACGGUUCACAUGUCGCUCCUCGCGUCGCGGCCUCGCGCGGGCCACCACGCGCUGCUGCAAGCGGGCGCCGGUGGCGUUGGCCUCGCAGCGGGCGAGUACACACAUUGGGUCGGCACGCGCGCAAGCGUGACGGUCGGCCGGCCGUACAAGCAUUGGUAUUUGCAUGGCAUGGGUCUGCGCGGCGAGACGCUCAGCUCGCGCGACGGCGGCGCGUUCCUCGCCGGCGCGGCGGCGCUCGUCCGCGCGUCGCGGCUGCGCUUCGUGCUCAACAGCUUGUCCGCCGACUUCAUCGCUGGCUCGUUUGCGCUGCUGGGCGAGGGCGGCUGCUUGUGCGAGAUCGGCAAGCGCGCGGUGUGGAGUGCGGAGCGGCUGCGGAGCGCGUCGCUUGCGCGCUACGUGGCGAUCGCGCUCGACAGCACGAUCGAGCAGACGCCGGUGUGGAUGCGGGGCACACUCCAGCGGCUGUCUGCGCGCGCGGCGGCGCGCGUGCUGCACGGGCUGCCACUGCAGAGCUUCGGGCUGGAGCGCGGCCUGCUCUCCGCGUUCCGCAGCCUGCAGGCCGGCACAAACACCGGCAAGGUGGUCAUCCUCAUCCCCGCCACCGCCACCGCGCCGCCGCGCGACACGCAUCUGCUCUCUGGCGGCACCGGCGGGCUCGGCCUGCUGACGGGCCGGUGGCUGGCCGCGGGCGGGGCCUCCACGGUUGUGCUCGCGGCGCGCGGCGGCGCGGUGUCGGAGGCGGACGGCGCGCGGCUGCGGAAGGCGCGGCCGCAAUGCUCCGUGUGCGUGGCGCGCGCCGACGCGGCGGAGCUGGCCGACAUCCGGCGGCUGGUGAGCGGGGCGCGUUGUGGCGAGGCGGGUCGGCUCGCGGGCUUGUGGCACGCGGCCGGCGUCCUAUCCGACGGGUUGCUGCGCGCCCAGACGGCGAGCACGCUCCGCCGCGUGUACGCUCCAAAGGUACACGGCGCCUGGGGCUUGCAGCUUGCGUGCGCCGCGGCGCCGCUCGAUGCGUGCGUCCUCUUCUCGUCCAUCGCGUCGCUGAUCGGCGGCGGUGGGCAGUCCAACUACGGCGCGGCGAACGGUUGCCUCGACUCGCUUGGCGUGUGUCGGCGGCAGCGCGGCCAGGCGGCGUCGAGCGUGCAGUGGGGGCCGUGGGCGGACGUGGGCAUGGCCGCGAGCAGCUCGGUCAACGCGCGGAUCCAGGCGUCGGGCAUGGGCCUGAUCGGGCUGGAGCAGGGCGCGACGGCGUUCCGUGCAGCGCUGCUGCCGGGCGUGCCGGCCGUGAUGAGCUUGGUCGUCCUUUCGUGGGGCAAGUUCCUCGGUCUGAUGCCGACGGUGCCGCCGCUGCUGGAAGGGUACGCCUCCCGCAAGGCGGCGCCGGCGGCGACUGGCGGGGCGUCUGAGAGCCGCGUCGUGACGCUCGAGAUGAUCAUGGAGUCGCUCGAGUCGACCAUCGGCACGGGCGUGGAUGCGGACGCGCCGCUGAUGGAGGCUGGCCUCGACUCGCUUGGAGCGGUCGAGCUCGGCAACCAGCUGCAGCAGGCGUCGGGGCAGACGCUGCCGUCGACGCUCAUCUUCGACUACCCGACGGCGCGGCAGCUCGCGGCGUACUUCGAGAGCUCCUCCAAGUCUGCCGGCGGCAGCGACGAGGCGGCCGGCGCGGCGACGUCCGCCGCCACGGCGCGGGCGGCUGCGACGCCGUUCAGCGCGGGCAGCUCGAGCACGUCUGGCGUGGUGCGCGUGUGCGGGCUGAGCGCCAUGAUGCCAGGGCGGGUCGGCCUUGUGAGCGGACUGGCGCAGAUGGCGUCGUGCGGCAGCGACCUGAUCUCAGAGGUGCCGCUCGGGCGCUGGCGGGUCGGCGGGCCAGGCUUCCCGGAUGGCGUGAUCGGCCAGCGCGCCCGGUACGGCGGCUUCCUGAGCGACGCGGAGCUCUUCGACAACGCGUUCUUCAGCGUGUCGCCGUCCGAGGCGGGGGCGAUGGACCCCCAGCAGCGGCUGCUCCUCGAGCGCUCGUUCGAGGCGCUGCACGGCGCGUCGUUCCAGAGGACCUCCCUGAUGGACCUGGUCGCCGGCGUCUUCCUCGGCGUCGCGGCGAACGACUUUGCGGAGGUCGUGCGGACGACGCCGUCGCUCGCGCGCAGCGUGUACGCUGCGACGGGCAGCAGCCACUCGGUCGCCUCCGGGCGCAUCUCGUUUGUGCUCGGGAUGCAGGGCCCGUGCGUGUCGUACGACACCGCGUGCUCGGCGGCGCUGGCGGCGAACCACGCGGCGCUGCGCGCGCUCCAGCACCGCGAGUGCGUCGCCGCGCUCUCGGUCGGUGUGAGCAUGAUGCUCCUCCCCGGCGUCGGCAUCACCUUCGCCACCGCCGGCAUGCUCUCCGCCGGCGGCCACUGCCACACCUUCGACUCGCGCGCGGACGGGUACGUGCGUGGCGAGGCGUGCUGCGCCGCGACGCUGCGCGUCAGCAGCUUUGCCGCGCACGACACGCUGCGACUGGUCGGCAGCUGCGUGCGGCAGGACGGCAAGAGCGCGAGCCUGACGGCGCCCAACGGCCAGGCGCAGCGGGCGCUGCUGUGGGCCGCGCUCGCCGACGCCGCGAUGCUGAGCGACCAGGUGGCUUGCGUGGAGGCUCACGGCACGGGCACGGCGCUGGGCGACCCGAUCGAGGCGCGCUCGCUCGCCUCGCUGCACACGGGGCGGCAGGACGACGAGGCGCUCGCGGUGGGGAGCGUCAAGGCGAACGGCGGGCACGCCGAGCCAGCGGCGGGCAUCACGGGUCUGCUGCGGCUGGCGGUCGGUGUGCGUGACCGGGUGGCGCCGCCGAACAGCCAGCUGCGCGCCGUCAACCCGCACGUGGUGGAGGCGUUCGACGGCAUCUCGUGCACGCUUCCGACCCAGCUGUCGGCCGCGCCGGCGUGCUACGCGCAGGCGAGCGGGCUCUGCGCCGGCGGCGUGAGCUCGUUUGGGUACAGCGGCACGAUCGUGCACGCGCUGCUCCAGGACGACGGCGUGGCGCGUGGCGCGGGCAGGCCGGCGGCGGCUUCGUCGCCGCAUUACGUGCGCCGGUCUUUCGCGUGGUCGGAGCAGGCGCAUCCGCUAGCGCAGGGGGUGGACGCGGCGGCGCCGAGCGGGCUCGUUCGCUACGCAUCACCGGCAGCCGGCGCACUGCGUAGCUUGGUGGCGGACCACAUCGUCCAGGGCCGCGUCGUCUUCCCUGGCGCCGGCUACCUCGAGAUGGCGCGCGCGGCGAGCGACGCGGCGACCGACGCGGCGACCGACGCGGCGAGCAGCUUGCUGCGGCGCGUCUUCUUCCUGCAGCCCCUCUUGCUCGACGGCGACGUGGCACAGUUGCGCGUGGUGUGCGAGCUCAACGCGGCGGAGGAGCGCUUCGAGGUGCGAAGCGAGCUCACCGAGGAAGGGGCAAGCACCGCCCAUUGCGGCGGCUCGACGGGUGCGGCGCCGCCGGACGACGAGCGGCGGCGCCCACAGCCGGCUGCGGUGCGCGGGAGCUGCGGGGCGGCGGUGAGCGCCGCGGACCUGUACUCCGCGUUCCGGGGGAUGGGCCUCGAGUACGGCCCUGCGUACCGCACGCUCGCGGGCAUGUGGGCGUCGCCAGCUUCGGGUGCUGCGGUGGGGCAGCUGCGGCGGCGCAGGCGGCUGCAGGGCACCUCCGUGCACCCAGCCGACCUGGACGGCGCGCUGCAGCUGACGGCGCUGCUCGCGACUGGCGCGGCGUCGGAGGUGCGGCUGCCGUUCUCGGUCGAGUCGGCAGCGCUGCGCGGCGCACGCGGCCACUUGUUCCCGGUGGCGGAGCGGCAGUCGGCGAGCACGACUCGCGUCGCUCUGGUGAGUCAGAGCCGACGCGGCGGAGGCGGCGCGCAUUUGUCGGGCUUCGAGACGCGAGCCCUCAAGGCCGGCGCCGCCGCGCGGCCGGCUGCGCCGAAGAGGCACCUGUACGUGACGGCGUGGACAGCGCGCGCGCUGUCUGCCGACGCCGGCCCCGAGGCGGCGGCGGCAUCAUCGCUGGUCCUCUCCGGAGCGGUGUCGAGCGUCGCGUCCGGCGCGGGCGCCACUCGUGCGACGGCGGCGGCGGCUGGCGGGCCUCGCUCUGUCGCGUUUGCCGCGGGGGUCGGCGGCGCCCGCGCCGAGCGCGAUUCGCUCGCCGUGAUGGCGGCCGCCUUUGACAUCGUGCGGGCCCACACCGCCAAGGUCGCGCUGCCGGUGUGGCUGCUGACGAGCCGCGCGUUCGGCGCCCGGCCAUCGGGCGGGUCUGGCGCGUCCGCGCACGCGGGCAUGAUGGGUUUGGCCCGCCAAGUGCGGUCCGAGGCGCCGACGUGCCGCUUGCCAGUCAUUGACCUCGACGCCGCCGCGGCAGUGGCGGGCUCGGCGGCGGCCGCCGCGAUGCUUGGGCUGGGGUACUCGGGCUUGCCUGAGCCCGAGGUCGCUUUCGACGCCGGCCGGCCGCGCGUGCCGCGGCUGGCCGAGGCGCCCGGCUCAAUCAGCGGGCCUGUUCGGAUGCACUUCGACGCGCGCGGCGCGGUGUCGAACCUCCGGAUCGUGCCUCAGGCCGAGGAGAGCUCCCCGCCUGCGGACGGCGAGGUCGAGCUGCGCGUGCGAGCGGUCGGUCUCAACUUCCGCGACGUGCUCAACGUCCUCGGCGUGUACCCCGGCGACCCCGGUCCUCCCGGCAGCGACUGCGCUGCAGACGUGGCUCGCUGCGGCGGCGGCGCGCCGCACCUGCGCGUGGGCGACGCUGUGCUCGGCCAUGGCCUGGCGGCGCUGGCAUCGUUUGCGCGGAGCGACUCGCGGCUGAUGGCGGCGAUCGACGACUCGCUGACGGUCGAGCAGGCGUGCACCCUGCCGACGACGUGGUGCACGGUUCACAUGUCGCUCCUCGCGUCGCGGCCUCGCGCGGGCCACCACGCGCUGCUGCAAGCGGGCGCCGGUGGCGUUGGCCUCGCAGCGGGCGAGUACACACAUUGGGUCGGCACGCGCGCAAGCGUGACGGUCGGCCGGCCGUACAAGCAUUGGUAUUUGCAUGGCAUGGGUCUGCGCGGCGAGACGCUCAGCUCGCGCGACGGCGGCGCGUUCCUCGCCGGCGCGGCGGCGCUCGUCCGCGCGUCGCGGCUGCGCUUCGUGCUCAACAGCUUGUCCGCCGACUUCAUCGCUGGCUCGUUUGCGCUGCUGGGCGAGGGCGGCUGCUUGUGCGAGAUCGGCAAGCGCGCGGUGUGGAGUGCGGAGCGGCUGCGGAGCGCGUCGCUUGCGCGCUACGUGGCGAUCGCGCUCGACAGCACGAUCGAGCAGACGCCGGUGUGGAUGCGGGGCACACUCCAGCGGUUGUCUGCGCGCGCGGCGGCGCGCGUGCUGCACGGGCUGCCACUGCAGAGCUUCGGGCUGGAGCGCGGCCUGCUCUCCGCGUUCCGCAGCCUGCAGGCCGGCACAAACACCGGCAAGGUGGUCAUCCUCAUCCCCGCCACCGCCACCGCGCCGCCGCGCGACACGCAUCUGCUCUCUGGCGGCACCGGCGGGCUCGGCCUGCUGACGGGCCGGUGGCUGGCCGCGGGCGGGGCCUCCACGGUUGUGCUCGCGGCGCGCGGCGGCGCGGUGUCGGAGGCGGACGGCGCGCGGCUGCGGAAGGCGCGGCCGCAAUGCUCCGUGUGCGUGGCGCGCGCCGACGCGGCGGAGCUGGCCGACAUCCGGCGGCUGGUGAGCGGGGCGCGUUGUGGCGAGGCGGGUCGGCUCGCGGGCUUGUGGCACGCGGCCGGCGUCCUAUCCGACGGGUUGCUGCGCGCCCAGACGGCGAGCACGCUCCGCCGCGUGUACGCUCCAAAGGUACACGGCGCCUGGGGCUUGCAGCUUGCGUGCGCCGCGGCGCCGCUCGAUGCGUGCGUCCUCUUCUCGUCCAUCGCGUCGCUGAUCGGCGGCGGUGGGCAGUCCAACUACGGCGCGGCGAACGGUUGCCUCGACUCGCUUGGCGUGUGUCGGCGGCAGCGCGGCCAGGCGGCGUCGAGCGUGCAGUGGGGGCCGUGGGCGGACGUGGGCAUGGCCGCGAGCAGCUCGGUCAACGCGCGGAUCCAGGCGUCGGGCAUGGGCCUGAUCGGGCUGGAGCAGGGCGCGACGGCGUUCCGUGCAGCGCUGCUGCCGGGCGUGCCGGCCGUGAUGAGCUUGGUCGUCCUUUCGUGGGGCAAGUUCCUCGGUCUGAUGCCGACGGUGCCGCCGCUGCUGGAAGGGUACGCUUCCCGCAAGGCGGCGCCGGCGGCGACUGGCGGGGCGUCUGAGAGCCGCGUCGUGACGCUCGAGAUGAUCAUGGAGUCGCUCGAGUCGACCAUCGGCACGGGCGUGGAUGCGGACGCGCCGCUGAUGGAGGCUGGCCUCGACUCGCUUGGAGCGGUCGAGCUCGGCAACCAGCUGCAGCAGGCGUCGGGGCAGACGCUGCCGUCGACGCUCAUCUUCGACUACCCGACGGCGCGGCAGCUCGCGGCGUACUUCGAGAGCUCCUCCAAGUCUGCCGGCGGCAGCGACGAGGCGGCCGGCGCGGCGACGUCCGCCGCCACGGCGCGGGCGGCUGCGACGCCGUUCAGCGCGGGCAGCUCGAGCACGUCUGGCGUGGUGCGCGUGUGCGGGCUGAGCGCCAUGAUGCCAGGGCGGGUCGGCCUUGUGAGCGGACUGGCGCAGAUGGCGUCGUGCGGCAGCGACCUGAUCUCAGAGGUGCCGCUCGGGCGCUGGCGGGUCGGCGGGCCAGGCUUCCCGGAUGGCGUGAUCGGCCAGCGCGCCCGGUACGGCGGCUUCCUGAGCGACGCGGAGCUCUUCGACAACGCGUUCUUCAGCGUGUCGCCGUCCGAGGCGGGGGCGAUGGACCCCCAGCAGCGGCUGCUCCUCGAGCGCUCGUUCGAGGCGCUGCACGGCGCGUCGUUCCAGAGGACCUCCCUGAUGGACCUGGUCGCCGGCGUCUUCCUCGGCGUCGCGGCGAACGACUUUGCGGAGGUCGUGCGGACGACGCCGUCGCUCGCGCGCAGCGUGUACGCUGCGACGGGCAGCAGCCACUCGGUCGCCUCCGGGCGCAUCUCGUUUGUGCUCGGGAUGCAGGGCCCGUGCGUGUCGUACGACACCGCGUGCUCGGCGGCGCUGGCGGCGAACCACGCGGCGCUGCGCGCGCUCCAGCACCGCGAGUGCGUCGCCGCGCUCUCGGUCGGUGUGAGCAUGAUGCUCCUCCCCGGCGUCGGCAUCACCUUCGCCACCGCCGGCAUGCUCUCCGCCGGCGGCCACUGCCACACCUUCGACUCGCGCGCGGACGGGUACGUGCGUGGCGAGGCGUGCUGCGCCGCGACGCUGCGCGUCAGCAGCUUUGCCGCGCACGACACGCUGCGACUGGUCGGCAGCUGCGUGCGGCAGGACGGCAAGAGCGCGAGCCUGACGGCGCCCAACGGCCAGGCGCAGCGGGCGCUGCUGUGGGCCGCGCUCGCCGACGCCGCGAUGCUGAGCGACCAGGUGGCUUGCGUGGAGGCUCACGGCACGGGCACGGCGCUGGGCGACCCGAUCGAGGCGCGCUCGCUCGCCUCGCUGCACACGGGGCGGCAGGACGACGAGGCGCUCGCGGUGGGGAGCGUCAAGGCGAACGGCGGGCACGCCGAGCCAGCGGCGGGCAUCACGGGUCUGUUGCGGCUGGCGGUCGGUGUGCGUGACCGGGUGGCGCCGCCGAACAGCCAGCUGCGCGCCGUCAACCCGCACGUGGUGGAGGCGUUCGACGGCAUCUCGUGCACGCUUCCGACCCAGCUGUCGGCCGCGCCGGCGUGCUACGCGCAGGCGAGCGGGCUCUGCGCCGGCGGCGUGAGCUCGUUUGGGUACAGCGGCACGAUCGUGCACGCGCUGCUCCAGGACGACGGCGUGGCGCGUGGCGCGGGCAGGCCGGCGGCGGCUUCGUCGCCGCAUUACGUGCGCCGGUCUUUCGCGUGGUCGGAGCAGGCGCAUCCGCUAGCGCAGGGGGUGGACGCGGCGGCGCCGAGCGGGCUCGUUCGCUACGCAUCACCGGCAGCCGGCGCACUGCGUAGCUUGGUGGCGGACCACAUCGUCCAGGGCCGCGUCGUCUUCCCUGGCGCCGGCUACCUCGAGAUGGCGCGCGCGGCGAGCGACGCGGCGACCGACGCGGCGACCGACGCGGCGACCGACGCGGCGAGCAGCUUGCUGCGGCGCGUCUUCUUCCUGCAGCCCCUCUUGCUCGACGGUGACUUGAGUGCAACGGCGGUCAGCGUGGACAUCUCCAUGGCCGACGAGCGGUUCGACGUCAACACCGAGGACAUCGAGACGGGCAGUAAGACGUCGCACUGUGCGGGCGGUGCGUCCAUCCUCCAGAAGGCGGUGCGCAGCUUGUCGCACGCGGGCUUGCGCGCGUCGUGCGCGCAGCCAGUCGACGCUGCCGUCAUCUACGCGGGCUUCCGCUCGGUCGGCCUCGAGUACGGCCCCGAGUACCGCACGCUCACUUCGGCGCGCGUGUCGCGCGAUGCGGGCGUCGCUGUUGGCCAGUUGCGCCGGCGCUCGCGCAAGGAGGGCACGAGUGUCCAUCCGGCCGACCUCGACGGCUCGCUGCACCUGACUGCCUUGCUGGCCGAGGCAACUGCGGCGGGCGAGAUCCGGCUCCCCUUCUCGGUCGGCGAAGCGGCGCUGACUGACGUUAGCGGCUCUUCGUGGCCGGUGGCGGAGCGGCAGGGCGCCAAUAUGACGGGCGUGUGGGUUGGGGCCAAGGACGCCAAGUCGGCCAACUCGCCUGGUGCACGCCUGAGCAACUUUGAGACGCGCGUGCUCAAGGCGGCGCCUCUGGCAACUCCGGCACGCAAGUCGACCCACCUGUACGUCACGUCGUGGCAGACUACGACGGUGCCGGCCGCUGAGGACGCCAAGGCAGCGCUCGUGAUAUGCGCCUCGGCUCUGGCCGGCGCUACCUCGAGUUUUUUUAGCGCUGCGGGAACGGCGCCGCCAACGUCGAUCGGCUCAGUGGUGUACGCCGUCGGCCUCUCUGCUGGCGCCAAGGCCUCCCACUCGCUCGCCGGCCUGAUGGCCGCGUUUGAUGUUGCGCGCACGCACACCAUCACGCGUUCGACGCCUCCAAUGUGGAUGGUCUCGGCUGGCGCCCUUGCCGCCCGCUCGAAUGGCACCAGCGUCUCGAGCCACGCGGGCCUGAUGGGCCUGACCCGCCAGGCGCGUUCCGAGGCGCCGCAGUCGUGCUUGCCAGUCAUCGACUUGGACGUGCUCAGCCCGGGCGUGACCGAGCUGGCGGCGGUGUCGAAGCUGGCCGGCAAGCUCGGCCUUGGCUACAACGGCACGCCCGAGCCCGAGAUCGCCUUUGACGGCACGAGCCAGCGCGUGCCGCGCCUGACCGAGGCGGCCGGCUCGCUGGGCGGACCGAUCAAGCUCUACUUCGACGCCCGCGGCGCCGUCAGCAACCUGCGGGUGGUCUCGCAAGAGGAGGACGACUCAGAUUCGGUCCACGGUGAGGUCAAGCUGCACGUUGGCGCGGUCGGCCUCAACUUCCGCGACGUACUCAACGUGCUCGGCGUGUACCCCGGCGACCCGGGCCCUCCCGGCGGUGAUUGCGCAGUUCACGUUGCUGCCGUGGGCACCGGGUUCUCGCACCUCAAGGUUGGCGACGCAGCGCUUGGGCACGGCCUCGCUGCUCUUGCUUCUCUGUCUAAGUCUGACGCGCGCCUGAUGGCGGCCAUCACCGACUCGCUCUCGUUCGAGCAGGCGUGCACCCUGCCGACGACGUGGUGCACGGUUCACAUGUCGCUGCUCGCGGCCCGGCCGGCGGCUGGCCACGACGUGCUUCUGCACGCUGGCGCUGGUGGUGUCGGCCUGACCUCGCAAGAGUACUGCCACUUCAUCGGCAAUUGCGCGAUGGCCAACGUCGGCCGGCCGUACAAGCACUUCUAUCUGCACAAGAUGGGCCUCGCCGGCCGCACGCUCAGCUCGCGCGACGGCAGCGCCUUUGCGCUCGGCGCGUCGAAGCUGCUUCGCUCCGGCCGGCUGCGCUUCUCGCUCAACAGCCUGUCGGCGGACUUCAUCGCGUGCACCUUCGCGCUGUUGCAGCAGGACGGCCGUUUGUGCGAGAUUGGUAAGCGCGCUGUGUGGAGCUACGAGCGGCACGAGGUGGCGUGCUCCAACAACUUCACGAUGAUCGCGCUCGACUCGACGAUCGACCAGGCGCCGUGGUGGAUGUGCGGUACGCUCAGGACUCUGUCCGCACGCGCGGAUGCCUUUGUGCUCCACGGCUUGCCCAUGGAGCUCUUCGACCUCGAGAGGAACGUCUUGGCCGCCUUCCGCACGCUGCAGAGCGGCACCAACACCGGCAAGGUGGUGGUGCGCAUCCCGAAAACGGCCCCGACGCCGCCACGCGGGGCCCACCUGCUCUCUGGCGGCACGGGCGGCCUCGGCCUGGUCACGAGCAAGUGGCUCGGCGAGAGCGGCGCUUCUUCGGUGGUGCUCGCGGCCCGCGGCGGCAAGGUCGCCCCUGCGGACAGCGAGACGUUCAAGAGGAUCGCCAAGUGCAGCUUCAGCGUAGUCAAGUGCGACGCGGCCGAGCUGGCGGACACCGCUCGCAUGGUGGGCGCCAUUCUUGCCAAGGACAGCACGCUGGCGGGCGUGUGGCACGCGGCGGGCGUGCUGUCGGACGGGCUGUUGCGCGGCCAGAACGCUUCGACAAUCAAGCGCGUCUUCGCGCCCAAGGUGGCUGGCGCGUGGGCGCUGCAGCAGGCGGCCGCCAUGGCGCCGCUCGACACGUAUGUGCUCUUCUCGUCUAUCGCCGCGCUGAUUGGUGGCGGCGGCCAGUCCAACUACGCUGCGGCCAAUGGCAUGCUCGACGCACUCGGCGCUUGCCGGCGCGUGCGCGCCAUGAACGCGACGUCAGUGGAGUGGGGCCCGUGGGCGGCCAUCGGCAUGGCAGCGGACGAGUCAAUCAAUGCUCGCAUCCAAGCCAGCGGCAUCGGGCUCAUCAGCCUCGAGCAGGGAACACUUGCCUUUCAGGCGACGCUGCAGCCUGCCGUGUCUGGCGUGAUGAGCCUGGUGGUGCUCACUUGGAGCAAGUUCCUGAGCCUGCUCCCAGAGGUGCCACCGCUGAUGGCCAACUACGCAAGCCGCAAGCGCGCAGUGGCGACUGGCAGUGGGAAGGUGAAAGAGGUCACGCUCGAGAUGAUCCAGGAGACGCUCAAGUCGACGACUGGCAGCGAGGUCGACCCCGACGCGCCGCUGAUGGAGGCUGGCCUCGACUCGCUUGGAGCGGUCGAGCUCGGCAACCAGCUGCAGCAGGCGUCGGGGCAGACGCUGCCGUCGACGCUCAUCUUCGACUACCCGACGGCGCGGCAGCUCGCGGCGUACUUCGAGAGCUCCUCCAAGUCUGCCGGCGGCAGCGACGAGGCGGCCGGCGCGGCGACGUCCGCCGCCACGGCGCGGGCGGCUGCGACGCCGUUCAGCGCGGGCAGCUCGAGCACGUCUGGCGUGGUGCGCGUGUGCGGGCUGAGCGCCAUGAUGCCAGGGCGGGUCGGCCUUGUGAGCGGACUGGCGCAGAUGGCGUCGUGCGGCAGCGACCUGAUCUCAGAGGUGCCGCUCGGGCGCUGGCGGGUCGGCGGGCCAGGCUUCCCGGAUGGCGUGAUCGGCCAGCGCGCCCGGUACGGCGGCUUCCUGAGCGACGCGGAGCUCUUCGACAACGCGUUCUUCAGCGUGUCGCCGUCCGAGGCGGGGGCGAUGGACCCCCAGCAGCGGCUGCUCCUCGAGCGCUCGUUCGAGGCGCUGCACGGCGCGUCGUUCCAGAGGACCUCCCUGAUGGACCUGGUCGCCGGCGUCUUCCUCGGCGUCGCGGCGAACGACUUUGCGGAGGUCGUGCGGACGACGCCGUCGCUCGCGCGCAGCGUGUACGCUGCGACGGGCAGCAGCCACUCGGUCGCCUCCGGGCGCAUCUCGUUUGUGCUCGGGAUGCAGGGCCCGUGCGUGUCGUACGACACCGCGUGCUCGGCGGCGCUGGCGGCGAACCACGCGGCGCUGCGCGCGCUCCAGCACCGCGAGUGCGUCGCCGCGCUCUCGGUCGGUGUGAGCAUGAUGCUCCUCCCCGGCGUCGGCAUCACCUUCGCCACCGCUGGCAUGCUCUCCGCCGGCGGCCACUGCCACACCUUCGACUCGCGCGCGGACGGGUACGUGCGUGGCGAGGCGUGCUGCGCCGCGACGCUGCGCGUCAGCAGCUUUGCCGCGCACGACACGCUGCGAGUGGUCGGCAGCUGCGUGCGGCAGGACGGCAAGAGCGCGAGCCUGACGGCGCCAAACGGCCAGGCGCAGCGGGCGCUGCUGUGGGCCGCGCUCGCCGACGCCGCGAUGCUGAGCGACCAGGUGGCUUGCGUGGAGGCUCACGGCACGGGCACGGCGCUGGGCGACCCGAUCGAGGCGCGCUCGCUCGCCUCGCUGCUCACGGGACGCCGGAAUAACGAGGCGCUCGCGGUGGGGAGCGUCAAGGCGAACGGCGGGCACGCCGAGCCAGCGGCGGGCAUCACGGGUCUGCUGCGGCUGGCGGUCGGUGUGCGUGACCGGGUGGCGCCGCCGAACAGCCAGCUGCGCGCCGUCAACCCGCACGUGGUGGAGGCGUUCGACGGCAUCUCGUGCACGCUUCCGACCCAGCUGUCGGCCGCGCCGGCGUGCUACGCGCAGGCGAGCGGGCUCUGCGGCGGCGGCGUGAGCUCGUUUGGGUACAGCGGCACGAUCGUGCACGCGCUGCUCCAGGACGACGGAGAUGGCGGCCAGGCGCCGGUUGACAGCGUUCCAGUGCGCUUUAACCGUCGGCGGUUCCCUUGGCCGCGGCCAGCCAUUGUCGCCGCUGCAGACGAAGCGGAGCUCCUGGGCUUUGGAUUCUCCUGGGUCGAUUCGGACGUCCCUGAGGCGGGCGGAAAUGGCGGCUUGGAUUGGCUCUUGAUCGGCGAGCGGAAGCAGGUUGGCCCCGCCUCGCGCGUCUACCACGAGCAGCCGUCGAAGGUCACAGCGCUCAGCGAAGUCGGCGGCAAGUCCGUCAGGAACGUCGUUCUGCUUGCGGAGACGCAUGAUGCCGCUGCUCCGUCCAUGCUAGGGAUGUCCACGCUGCUGGCAGUCACGAGGCAGCUCAUCCAGAUGAAGCCCCCUCCCAGGCUGUUGUGCCUCUGCCGAGGGACGCAGCACCCGCGACCGUUGGAGCUAGCCGAGCCGAUGGCUGCAGCUUCAGCCGGCGGCGUCUGGGGGUUCCUGAGGAGCGUGGCCCUCGAGCAACCCGCUGCUGAUUGGCUCAUUCGUGACGUGCGCUCCGAGCCAUCAGCCACAGAGGUUGCCCGGAUGCUGCGUGCAGCGGCGGCCUUUGGGGAGGACGGAGGCGUGCCGAGGGAGCUGGCCCAGAGCUCCAGCGGCACGUGGCAUGCGCCGAGACUUGUGCGCACUGGUGCCAUCCCUUCCAGUGCGGACAGCGUCAGCGGCGCCGGGGUCAACAUCAUCACCGGGGGACUCGGCGGCCUGGGGCUUCGGGCCGCAAAGGCGCUGGCGGGCGAUCCAUCCUCGCACCUUGUGCUCUCGUCGCGGAGCGGGCGCAUCACGCGCGCGGGGCAGGGCCUCGGUGCGCAGCUGCGCUCGCUUGAAGCCUCGAAGAGCAACUUGCGCAUCCGUGCGUGCGACAUCGCGGCGCCGGAGGACGCCGUCGCCCUCCUUCGCGAGAGCCACUCGCUGCGGCGUCCGCGACUCGCGACCCGCGUGAUCCACGCGGCAGGCGUCCUGGCGGACGGCCUGGUGCGGAAGCUGACUCCCAGCGACCUUGGCGCUGUCUUUGCCGCCAAGGCUCACGGAGCAGCUGCCAUCCAUUCCGCCUCGACCACUCUCAACUUUUCCGCGUUUGUGGCAUUCUCCUCCGUCGCCUCGGCCUACGGUAACAUUGGCCAGGCCAACUACGCCGGUGCCAACUCGUACCUCGACGUGCUUGUGACCCUGCGGCGUGCGUGCGGGCUACGUGGAUGCAGCCUGCAGCUGCCCCCAGUCGGGGGCGCGGGAAUGGGUGAGGCGCUCGCCUCCAAGUUCAGCGGAAUGGCCGAGAUCUGGACACUGCCGCUCGAGCGGUACGCCGCGUGGCUUGCCCAGUCCCUCUCCCUUUGCCCCUCGGCCGUGGCGACCGCCCUCAGCAGUGAUGCCCUCGCCCAGUUUCCCGUCUCGGCCCGGGCACUGCUCGUUGACGAUGCCCUCGGACGCGGCGCGGCGUCCGCGAUGCCGCCCCCUUCCGGUCCCGCUCGUGCGGCGGACCUGAGCACGGAGCAGAUCCAGUCGACCCUCCUGCGGGAGGUCACUGCGCUCACGAGCAUCGACGCCCUCACUGUGGACACGCCUCUGAUGGAGGCGGGCGUCGACUCGAUGGCGGCGCUCGAGCUGCGCAACCGCGUGGAGGAGGUGAUGGGCGUCCGCCUGAAGAACGAGGACCUGCUCGCAGACGCCGACGAGCUCACGGUCGCACAGCUCACGAGCGCGAUCGAGCGGCGCGCCGCCGGCGCCGGCGGUGGCGCUGCGGGCGAGAGCGGCCCAUCAAGUGGCGGGUCGGUGAGUCUGAGCUUCAUGAACACGUCGGUCGUGGCGGGCACGGCCGCGCCGAUCGCCGAGCGGCUCCGCCGCCCGAUCCUCUUUGUGUUGAGCAGCCCGCGCUCGGGCUCGUCGCUGCUGCAGCUCUGUCUGCAGGCCAACCCGGCCCUCUACGCCGGCCAGGAGCUGUACCUGCUCAUGUUCGACUCGAUGGGCGAGCGCGCCGCCGUGCCCGAGAUGCGCUUCGUCGAGGAGGGCCUCGUCAAGACCAUCAUGGAGCUCAGCGCCAGCUCGGCGGCCGCCGCGCGCGCGCGCAUCGCGCGCUUCGGCGCCGACUGCCCGACGUGGCGCGUCUACCAGGCGCUGCAGCGAAUGAGCGGCCCGCGCAUGCUCGUCGACAAGACGCCCGCCAACGCGAGCCACGUCUCCUUCAUGCGGCGCGCGCGGGAGACCUUCGAGCACGCGCGCUACAUCCACCUGAUCCGCCACCCGUACGCCUGCAUCUCGUCCGGCCUCCAGAUGUUCCGCGACUUCCUCGACGUGUCCGAGACCACGUGGGCUAUGGUGGAGCAGUCGUGGGUCGACACGAACCGCGCGUGCGACGAGUUCAUGGCGGAGCUGCGCGCGGAGCAGCCCGAGCAGCGAGGGCAGUCGAUGGUGCUCCGCUACGAGGACUUUUUGCGCGACCCGGCGGGCGCGACGCGCGGCGUCUGCGAGGCGCUUCUGGGCGUGGAGUGGGCGGAGGGGAUGGCCAACCCGUACGAGACGAGCGCGAUUCAGAGCUUCGAGGCGGCCGAGUCCAAGUCGACGACCGACCAGAAGCUGCUCAAGCGCAAGGCGAUCGAGCCGCGCCAGGCAGAGAAGUGGCGCGAGGUGCAGCUGCCGCAGCCGCUGCUCGAGACCACAAAGGCGCUCGCGGCGGGGCACGGGUACGAGCUCCUGCCGGACCUCACGCCCGAGCUCUCGUGGAUCGCCCAGCCCGAGGGCACGCCAGCCGGCGCGCCGACCGUCUGCAUCCACGACUUCACCGGCCUCUUGUGGGGCUUCCGCGCGCUCGCGCCGCUGCUGUCAACCUCGGGCUGCCUCGGCAUCCAUGCGUCGACGCGGCUUCUCGACGGGUGCGCCUGCAUGCAAGAGCUCGCGGCGCAGUACGUGCAGCUGCUGCCAAAGGGCCUGUGGAUGGGCGGGGCGCCGGUGCGGCUGAUUGGCUACUCGCUCGGCUGCCGCGUCGCCUACUGGAUGGCGUGCCUCCUCGAGGCGGAGGGGCGGCCGGUCGAGCUCGUGCUGCUCGACGGGCCGGCGGCCGGCGACGACGGCUACCCGCCGCGGAUGGGCGGGUACGCGUCGGAGGUGGCCGAAGAGAUCCGGCUCAACAUGGGCCUCGCGCCGCCGCCGGACGGGCGCCCCGCCUCGCUCGGGCCGCAGGGCGGCGGCGCCGGCUCGGCGGCGCAGGCCAUGCAGUUUGCGGUGAUGAAGCGCUCCGGCUCGUUCCGGAUGCUCUUCACCCUGCUCGAGGAUGCGGGCGAAGACGCCGCCGCCGCCGCGGUGCGGCUCAUCGAGCUGCCCGACCGCGUGGCGGAGCCGCUCGGCCCGGUGCGAGCGCCGGUCCUCUUUGUGCACACGGAGCAGAUCCGCGAGAACGGCACCGCCGGCGUGCUGCUUGAGCGCGUGCCACACGCGACGGCCGUCAAGGUUCCGGGCGACCACUUCUCCUUCAUCACAAAGAGCGCGACGCAGAUUGCGGAGGCGGUCGCGGGGUGGCCCUCGCCGUCCCCAGCGUAGUCCAUAGUACAGUGUUGUGUGUGUACUACAAUCUACAUGCAGGCCGUGUUGGUUUGGCCAGAUACCAUGUGAAGUUUGGGGGGGGUUGUUACGAGUACUCGCUAUGAUCUGAGUGUCUU